AUUUUUUUUUUCUUUAUCGUAUUUUCUUUUCUUCACCUUUGCUUCUUCUUUAAAGUAUUGUUCUUUUUUUCUCUUGACCGACAUAGGUACCAAACAAGACCUUUACUCUUCCUUAUCUCCUCGCUCAGAUCACCCGCCAAACCUCGCAGCUUCCACUUCAACAAGAGAAUCGCGCCCAGGAUGACGGGCUCCACCGAAUAUGCGACAGGCGCAACAGCAGACCCUGAGGUCGGCUACCCCAAAGGUCAUCUCGGCCACCUCACAGACAGCGAGACCAAGGCUCUUUCAGAAUUUAAGGUCCUCGUAACAGAGAAUGGUCUCUACACACCAGGCCCUCCUCCAUCACACGAUGACCAGACUCUGUUACGAUUCCUACGAGCCCGUCGUUGGGUGCCGCAGGAUGCUUUCAAGCAGUUCAAAGAAACAGAAGAGUGGAGGUCCACAACGAGAUUAGAUACUCUUUACGACACGAUCGAGCUGGACUCAUACGAGCAGAGCCGUGUAAUGUACCCGCAAUGGACAGGACGCAGAGACAAGAGGGGCAUACCGGUAUACCUUUUCGAGAUCAAGCAGCUGGACAGUAAGGCAGUGGCUGCCUACGAAAAGGGAGCCGACGACACAUACAGCCGCGCGCAUGCCGACGGCUCGACCCCUCCCAAACUGCUGCGCUUGUUCGCCCUCUACGAGAACCUCACCCGCUUCGCUCAGCCACUAUGCACCGAGAUGCCCGACAGGCCCCACCCUCAGACGCCGAUAACGCUGAGCACGAAUAUCGUAGACGUCUCGGGUGUCAGUCUACGGCAGUUCUGGAACCUCAAGGCGCACAUGCAGGCCGCUAGCACGUUGGCCACUGCGCACUACCCUGAGACUCUUGACCGCAUCUUUGUCAUUGGCGCCCCCUUCUUCUUCUCCACGGUGUGGGGCUGGAUCAAGAGGUGGUUUGACCCCAUCACGGUAUCCAAGAUCUUCAUCCUGAGCCAAGCGGAGGUCUUGCCCGUCUUGAGCUCCUUUAUGGAAGUGGAGAAUAUUCCAAAGCAGUACGGCGGGAAGCUCGAGUUCAAAUGGUGCGACCAGCCCAACCUGGACCCGGCCAUCAAGGAGCGAGCUACCUGGGAGCAAGGAUUCGACAACUUCCCCAAGGGCCCCGUGCUGUGGAAGGUCUUGGAUGAGGAGCGCCUCGAGUGUGUCGCCGUCGGUUCCGUCAACCAAAAGCAGCGCAACAUUCGCGUUUGCACCCUGCCGCGGUCAUUCAAGGGCGUUGUCUCUAGCAACCAGCCUUACCACAAGACAGAGGCAGCAGCUGCUGCGUCGGAUAUUGCAGCCGUCGAGACUGGCGUGCAGAAGCUCGAUAUCCAGGAGGCAAAGUCGGAUUCUGAAGCUGUCACCUCGAGCAAAGAGGAGAUCAUUGCCGAGAAGGGAGCCAGUUCGGUCGAUGCCCCUGCCGCGUCCGCAAAGGCCGCGUGAUGCCGUUUUCGAGAAAACAGAAUCAAGUUACUGUAUGGAUGACUAUUUGACAUCUACGAUGUUUCAGGCUAUACACGGCUAGCCUGACAACAAUAUCUUCUUAGCCCGAUAGACGAGUGUUGGCGUUCUCUUGUUUUUAUCUUUCGAUAUUGGCUAAAUUUUCAGAGCGAGAACCUUUCUUGAAUAUGCUCAGCGCUACCCUAGGAUACCAGAUUGGGCAAAUUGGUUGUUUAUUGUCGAUCAUUAUCCAUGGUCGAACUUUCAAGAAAGGAUCAGUUGGCGAUUAGCUGAUAUCGCAUAUUCAUGGACUACUGUUCCAUGUUGUCAUUUACUUAUGGUCUAGCAUUUGCGUUCACUUUAUAUACCAUCUUUUAUUCUGCAACA